GUGGCAGCAGUAGCUAAUGGAGCGACUGUUCACUUUUCUGGUUUUGGUGUUGGCGCAGGGGGAACCAGAGGAAAUAGACUUUUGCCAUAAAAAGCUGUGUGAGGAUGCUUUGAAACACUUGGCUUGCGGAAAUGUAGAUUGGAAUUGGGAUGAUUGCGGUAGUGAUGAGUAUUUGGUGACCAUAUCGAGCAGCAGCCAGGAUCUAAUUCUAAGAGAACAUAAUGCGUAUCGAAACCUUGUGGCCAGUGGCAAGCUGCAUGGCUUGCCUCCCGCAGGAUUUAUGUUGGCUCUGAAGUGGAAUUCAGAGCUGGCCUUUGUAGCUGAGGUCUUGGUAAAGCGCUGCGGUAUCCAAGAUGUUAAACAGUGCUUAGCAACUAACGAAUAUUCGGAUCCUGGCUAUAACUCGGCUUAUAACGUAUUUACUGGCGAGCAAGACGAAGUAAAAAUUAUACGUGCACAGAUUAAGGCAUGGUAUUAUCAGUAUAGGUACACCACUAUCAGUAGUUUAGAUACUGGUAUAGGGCAGGAGGGAAAGGAAAUUGGACAUUUUCUUCAACUGAUAUUUGGAUUCAACGACGCAGUCGGCUGUGCAAUUUCCAGAUACUUUCACGAGGGUACCACUGUCCAGCUGAUGUACUGCGUCUAUGGAUGUAGCAGAGAUCGAUGCCAACUUACCUACGAAGUUGCAAAGCAUGCCGGAAUGAAGUGUUUAUGGGGUGUACAUAAGGACUACAACUAUUUAUGCAGUUCAAAGGAGGAUAUAGAGGGCUGUGGUUACAAAACACGUUGUGUUAGUGGUGAAUCGUCCGAUGAAUUCGACGUCGAAAUAUGGGGUAUUGGAGUAUAGCUAAAUAUUUGUAAGAUAUCACUUAUUUGUUAAAAAUAAUUGUAAUCCGGAAGGCCCCCAAUAUUUAAAUCGCAUAUAAAACUUUACAAUAUUACCUUAGGAUGUAUAAAGCAAGUAUUCUCUGGAUAUUACUAAAUGUCUCCUUACGUCUACGGCUCUAAAUAGUUUUUCAGACUUUAAGAAAAUUUGUUGUUAGAGUUAUUUUUAAUGUCUAGUGGCAGUAAUGUUUUGCCUGAAUCCUUUUCUAUCACCUCUGGAUAGACAUUUAUCUCCAACAUAUUCAUAAAGUACAAUUUAGUUUGCAUUCUUUAUUUUUUAAAUUAUACAUAUAUAAUUAUAAAUAAUUUAUAAAUAAAAUUUAGCCUGCCAGAAUUACUUGUAUAAUAAUA